AUGUCUUCGCCCAGCAUGACGACGGCAAACGAGCCGGCAGACCCUAUCGCCAAGGGCAUCAUUCCUACGGCCAAGCAAAGCUUUUUGGAUCUGUUCAAAUGGAAGCAGAGAGUUGUGGUCACCAACGAUUUUGGAGAGGAACACACGGAAUGGCAGAGUCCAGAACCUCUAAAGAACCCGAUCAGUUUGAUGGCUCAGCUGAGCGCGCGAGAUUGGCUUUUCUUCGUUUGCGGCUUUCUAGCAUGGACAGCUGACGCUUUCGACUUUCACGCUCUCUCCAUUCAAACCGUCAAAUUCGCCAAAUACUACAAGCAAUCUAACACGAAUAUCACCACAGCUAUCACUCUGACCCUUCUUCUCCGUUCAGUCGGUGCCGCAUUCUUUGGUCUCGCAGGAGACAAGUUCGGACGAAAAUGGCCUAUGGUUAUCAAUAUGAUCGUUCUCGGUCUGCUACAGAUCGCAACCAUUUACAGUACUACUUUCCAACAGUUCUUGGCUGUCAGAAGUCUUUUCGGUCUCUUCAUGGGUGGUGUCUACGGUAAUGCUAUUGCCAUGGCUCUAGAACAUUGUCCCGUCAAUGCCAGAGGUUUGAUGUCAGGUAUCCUACAACAAGGUUAUGCUUUUGGUUAUGUUCUUGCUGCCUGUGCCAACUUGGGAGUUGGAGGAGCUGUUGAGUCUUGGAAGACUGUCUUUUGGGCUGCCGCUGGUAUCUCCAUCGGUAUCGGACUCAUCAGAAUCUGUUUCCCUGAAUCAAAGCAGUUCUUGGAAGCUAAGAAGAACGGCCACAAGAACAUCACUGCUGGUGCCUUCUUCAAGGAAACCAAGGUCAUGCUUGCAAAGGAAUGGAAGAUGUGCAUUUACUGUGUCAUUCUCAUGACUUGGUUCAAUUUCUACAGUCACACUUCUCAAGACUCCUACACCACAUUCAUGCGCGAAGCAAAAGGAUUAAACAACGCAGCUGCAUCCCGCGCUUCCAUCUGGAUGAAAGUAGGAGCUUGCGUAGGUGGAUGCGUUAUUGGCUACACCUCCCAAUUCGUCGGUCGUCGUCGUGCAAUCAUCGGCUCAGCAUUCAUGAGCGCUCUCAUGAUUCCAGCCUGGAUCCUCCCAAGCGGUGAACACGCCCUCUCCGCCACCGGUUUCCUAAUCCAAUUCUUCGUCCAAGGAGCCUGGGGCGUCAUUCCAAUCCACCUCAAUGAGCUCUCCCCCGUCGCCUUCCGCUCUUCCUUCCCAGGUAUCACCUACCAGCUCGGGAACAUGAUUUCCUCCCCUUCUGCCCAGAUCGUCAACGCACUCGCCGAAAACAUCAGCGUCAAAGACGAGGGUGGACCGAGUGUACCUGCUUAUGGUCCUGUCAUGGCUGUCGCAACCGCUAUCAUCGCCGUCGGAAUCAUCCUCACAACUUCAGUCGGCCCAGAGAAGAGAGGUAGAAAAUUCGAGGAAGCAGCGCCAGCUGGUGCAACGGCUGCUAUUCCCACAAAAGACAUUGAGACUGGAGAUGAUCUGAGCGAUGAGAAACAUAGUGCACGUGAGAUCGAAGGCAAGGUUUAA